GAAGCCUGGCGGUUAGCAAGUAGUAACUACUUUGAGCCAACCGGUGGAGAUUUUUGCCGUUUGAAAGGGGGUUUUUUUUAACAAGAGAGCACUAACUGUCAAGAUAGUUAUUGGGAAACCAGUCACUAAUUCUUGUCCUCAUUUCUGUGGCUUUGUCUUUCACCUUCAUUCCCCACUUGUGCACUCAGAGAAUGUCAAUACAGAAGCCAUUCCACAUCUCCCCUCUCUCCCAUCAAUGGCGUCUCUGCAACAACUCCUAGCGGAAGAAGGAUUCGAGGGCGGAAGGGCUCUCAAAACUCGAAGCAAAGUCGAGUUCAGAGCAAGAGAAUCUCAAGACGAGUCUGUCGUUUUGCCUAUCUACAUCUGCCAUGACAGAAAAAGCUCGGAUUUUUCCAAGCAGAGGAGCAAAGGCUCUUCCCUUUAUUCCUCCUCGUCGAGGAGGAGGAGGAAAAGUUUGGAGUCGGGGAUAUCGAAUCCAUGGUCGAAUGCUGAGACAGUUGCAGGCAGGGAUAAUGAGCCUGCAAUUGAUGAAGUUGCAAUUAGAGCAAUGGUUUCUAUACUGUCUGGCUAUGUUGGAAAAUACCUGAGAGAUCAAAGCUUUCGCGAGGCGAUCAAGGGCAAAUGCUAUGCGUGUUUCAUGAGGAACAAAACUGAAUCUGACAAUCCCAUUUUCGCGAAUUUAGAGAUGGCAAUCGAGAGUGUUGAGAGCUUAGCAGCCAGGCCUAAUGGCACCAAGAAAGAACUGGAAGUGAAAUCCCUGCAGAAUUCCAUCAGUCUCUUAACCAUUGUAGCUUCUUUGAACUCUGAAUCUUCAAGAAAUGGCUCAACUUGUGGAAUCCCCAAUUCCCAUCUCUCUGCUUGUGCACAGCUCUACUUAUCAAUCAUCUACAAGCUGCAGAAAAACAAUAGAAUUUCAGCCAGGCAUCUCCUGCAAGUAUUCUGCGAUUCGCCUUUCCUCGCGAGGACUUGCCUUCUUCCUGAGCUCUGGGAACACCUGUUUCUUCCACACCUCCUGCAUCUCAAGAUUUGGCACACGAAGGAGCACGAAUUCUUGUCGAGCUCGGGCUAUGCUGACAAAGAGAAGAAGAUGAAAGGAUUGAGAAAGCUGUACGAUGAUCAAACGAAUGUUGGCACACAACAGUUUGCUCUGUACUAUAAAAAGUGGCUAAAAACUGGGGGUGAACCCCCACCUGUUCCUUCAGUGCCAUUACCUUCAAGAUUCAGCUAUGCAACAAGGAGGAGGAAAUCCUCAGACUCUUUCACUUCCCAUUCAUCUACAAACAACAAAUCACUAUAUAAAGCUGUUUUCGGCCCCAUCGGAGAGAGUCAGGCCUUGGAUUUUGAUAACACAAAUGGAAGUUUCAGCAAUCCAUGGGAUUCUGCAGAAGCUAAUGGAGAUGGCAUUAAGCAUUGCAAUUACACUGAAAAAGGAGAUAUUGUUGUUCAUAGAAGAUCAAGAAGUCAAAGCUACAGAAAACCAGAAGCUGAGUUUCAGGCUGAGACUAAAAAAUCAGACUACUUUCGGUUCUUCACCUGCCAAAGUCAAACAAAAGGUUGCUUGGUAAAUGGAAACUACAUGGAUGGAGAUGUUUCAUGUGAAGAAAAUAUAGAUUUCUUUGCUCCAGACAGUCUAGGUGAGGCGAUUUCCACAAUCUGCUCCUCAGACAGCCUAAGUGACUGUGAAAACGCGAUCCGUUUGCUGGCCAAAACCUGGCUAGAUUAUGAUGGAGAUCCCAAAAUGGAAAGUGAAUUAUCCAAGAGACCAGUCAUUGAAGGCAUAAUGGAAAUCUUAUUUGCUUCCAAAGAUGACGAGAUUCUUGAGCUAGCAGUCUCAAUCUUAGCUGAACUGGUAACUAGGAAAGAGAUGAACAGGCAGGUUAUACUGAACUCAGAUCCUCAGCUUGAUAUCUUCUUGAAACUAUUUAGAAACAGCAGCCUUUUUCUCAAGGCAGCAGCUUUACUUUACCUAGUGAGACCAAUGGCAAAGCAGAUGAUCUCACUGGAAUGGAUUCCCUUAGUCCUUAGAGUACUCGAGUUCGGGGAUCAUGUACAGACCUUAUUUGCAGUUCAAUGCAGUCCCCAAAUGGCAGCAUACUACUUUCUCGAGCAACUUCUCUCGGGCUUCGAUGAAGACAAGAACUUGGAGAACACCAGGCAACUCAUCACACUUGGAGGGCUAGGUCUGCUGGUGAAGAGGAUGGAAACCGAAGAUGUUUGUGAGAAGAACAAAGCUGUUUCCAUAAUGUAUAGAUGCAUUCGAGCCGAUGGAAGCUGCCGCCAUUACUUGGCUAGAAGCUUGAACAAAGACUCCUUUCUUCCUCUUCUUCUGGCUAGAGAGGAGCAGAGAUAUCAAGGGGAUGCCUUUGCUUUACUCACAGAGCUGCUUUGCCUUCACAAACAAUUCCAGAGAACAGAAUUCUUGAAUGGACUGAUGAAUGGAUGCUUGAACACCAUGCAUAUAUUGUUAGUCUAUCUCCAGAGAGCUCAACCCGAGAAACGACCCGUUAUAGCAGCAAUUAUGUUGCAGCUUGAUCUUUUGGGAGAUCCAACAGUUUGCAGUGUAUACAGAGAGGAAGUAUUAGAAGAAAUAAUCAAAGCACUAGACUGUCAAGUGUUCAAUGAAAGUGUCCAGGAACAAUCCACCAGAGCUCUCCUGAUUCUCGGGGGGCGAUUUUCCUACACCGGAGAGCCAGUGGUGGAGCAAUGGGUGUUAAAAGAAGCAGGCUAUGAUGACUUCUUGGUGGAUUCUUAUUACAGAAACUGCUCAUCCAUCUCUGAUGAAUACAUGCACCAGAACAAAUGUGAUGAGUUGAUGGAAGCAUGGCAGAGGAAAACAGCAAUGGUGCUGCUCACCAAUGGAAACCAGAGACUGGUGGCAGCACUUGUGGAUUCCAUAGCCAAUGGGAUCCCUUGCUUAGCCAGAGCAAGCCUGGUAACUGUUUCUUGGAUGAGCAAUUUCUUCCAUUCCAUUGAAGACACAAGCCUUCAAUCUGCAGCAUCCUCAAUCCUAGUCCCUCUGCUCACCCAACUCUUAAACCAUAAAAACUCCCUUGAAGAAAGACUCCUCUCCUCAUAUUCAUUACUUGGUCUCGCAAAGAAUUCAGAAUACAUUUGUAAGUUGACAACUUCAGACAAGGAGCUAAUGACUAACCUUCACAAACUGUCCAAGGUUUCCAGGACAGCAAAAGAACUUACCUCAAUUCUCUCAAGAGCCUGAGAUUCUGCCCCACUGCAUCUUUAAAUGCCUGUACAAGUCUCUAUGUAUAAAAGGUAGUUAUGAUUCCUGUAGAAACCAUUGCUUAUUUGGCAAUUGGCAACAUUGAAUUAAUAAUAAUAAUUAUAAUAAUAAUAUUUCAAAAAUCA